UAGCCCCUGAAACUGCGCGCGCUUUCUGUUGCAUAUCAGCAGCUACUGAGGCCACCUGUAGGCUACAGAGGAGAAGAUGUAUCGCUCCACCAAAGGAGCUUCGAAGGCGCGGAGGGAUCAGAUCAACUCCGAGAUCCGCAACCUGAAGGACCUGCUGCCCAUCUCGGACUCGGACAAGUCGCGCCUUUCAUACCUUCACAUCAUGUCCCUCGCCUGCAUGUACACGAGGAAGUCCGUCUUCUUCUCUCAAGAUUUAAACGAGGCAGCUCGUCAUGAAGCAAGUGGGACCUUCAUGUCUAUGCCCGAACUCUCCGAGCUCGUGCACACAUUGCCGGGCUUCCUCCUCGUGCUCACGAGUGAGGGCAAACUGCUGUACCUAUCGGACAAUGUCACGGACCACCUGGGUCACUCUAUGGUGGAUCUGGUUGCUCAGAGCGACAGCGUGUACGACAUAAUAGAUCCCUCUGACCACUUUAUUAUGAGGAGCAAUCUUGUGCCAGUGACCACACCUGAGACAGAGCGGCUCUUUCGCUGUCGCUUCAACACUUCAAAGUUUGUGAGGAGGCAAGGUUCUGGAAACAAGGUGACUCUGGUACGAGCACGCUGCUUGCCAUCACCUUACCACUCAUCCUCCUACUGGACGUCCAACCCUGUGUGGGUGUGUUUCUGCUCACCUCUGGAGCCCCAGGUAUCACAGUCUUCAACCACCAUGAACCCCCUGCCCACUCCACCUCUGGAACAGGCCUUCCUGUUAGCCUGCUUCCAGUCCCAGCACAGCCGGGACAUGAGGAUUCAGUCUGCCCAGGAGUGUGUGAGUGUGUAUCUGGGCUAUGAUGUGGACACGCUGCGCUCUCGCUCCUGGUACAGCCUGUUGCAUCCUCGUGAUCUCUCUCAUGCCUCAGCACAGCACUGCACCCUGUUGCGUGAAGGAGGAGAGAGGCAGGUAGAGAUGGUGGUUCAGGUGGAGGCAGCUGACCACUCGUGGGUGUGGCUUUAUAUGGUUCUUCAGCUCCAGACUGGAGAACAUCCCAUCAGCUCCCAGAACUACGUCAUUAGUGAAUCUGAAGCAUGGUCAGUGCGUCAGCAGCUCUACUCUGAGCAAAACCAGUUAGCCCUCCUGUACCAGGAGGGGUUGGCUCAGCAGUGCUCAGAGCCAUCCUUGUCCAGCCCAGAGCAGGUCUUCACACCCAGCAGCAGCGGCCUAUCCACCCAGUCCUUUGACUUCAGCUUCACUGCCUCUGGUCGCAGCUCCUCUGAGGAACUGCCCGGCAGCACCUCCCAGUCCGGCUUGUCAAUGGGCUCUGCCCCCUGCCCUAGCUUCUCUUUGGAUGAAGACAACUUCUCCCAACAGUAUGGAAGCCACCAGAUGUGGUUACCAGAAGCAACAAAGUUCUCCACAGCAUUGGCUCCUCCCUCUCGGCUGAGCCACAUAACUAGUAAGGCAGGUCUUUCACAUACAGCUAGUCAACCCCCUGUUCCUCCUGCACAUCUCCCCAGUUCAAAUAUGCCCAAACCACCCAGCACGGUGGAGUUGGUUUCUACCCCCCCUUAUACCCCAAGAUUUGGAGGAGGCCAUUUCAUGUUUGGUGAGGAGCCCUUUAAACCAGACUCUGCAAGUGCCCCAAGUCAAAUAACCCAAGCCAUGCCUUCAGCAACUCACCCAACAUCCCUCUCAACAGGCAUUGGGCUAGUGCUCUCUGUACAGCAUUGCCAUAGGCAUCUGUAUGAGAAGUUGCCUCCUACCCCAGAUAGUCCAGGCACUGAAAAGUACAACCUCAUGGCAUUGCCAGAGAUAAGAGGGCCCCUGUAUGUUGAUGUUCCUCAUUCAGUCAAUCAUGGUCCCCCAGAGGGUCUCCUGACCCCAGAGGCUUCUCCUACAGAACAGCCCUGCACAGGUUUCUUUACCCAGCAAGUUGACGAUGAAAGAGAGCAACUGGAAAUCUCCCUCUUGGCUCAGUAUCUCAGUUCUGUAGCUGAUGGCUUCUUUCACGACCACCCACCAGCCACAAACUCCCCAUCCUCUGUUCUCCAACAGCCUUUACCCACCCAGGACCACCCUGAGCUGCCUUCUUGUGAAUUUCCACCCACCACAUGCUGGACAGAAGCUCACUCAUCAAUAGCUCAAGAUGAAAUCUCUUUAUUUGAAGAAGGACUUCUACCAGUUGUCCCCUCCUCCUCCUCCACCCCUUCCCCACAACCCCACUCUCCUCCUCCUCCUGCCCCAAUGAGCAGCUGCUCUCCUGGGCACUCACAGGAGGAGGCUUUAGUUGGUGUGCACCACCUCUGUAGCGUCCAGUCGACGCACCGUAACAGCACGGCUGGGGGCAGGCUGCUGGAGCCAGAGUUGACCAAUGAGGGUGCUUUAACAGAGAGCAUGAUGGAUGUGGAGCUUUUGCCUCCAGGAUUAACCUCCACUCUCUCAGCUUCCCCAGAGACAACACCUGGCCCAGCACUUCCUGACCACACCCCCAGCCUAGCCUGUGCCCAGUCCCUCCUGGAGGAGCUGGUUACCAUGGAACCUGUGUUCGAGGCAACCGCCCCGAUUACUCCUGCCCUGAGGCAACAACCUGAGUUGUAUCAACUCCCUCUUCAGGAGUCACCACAGCACUUCUAUCAAGAUGGAACCGGUGAUCACAUGUUCUAAAAUAAGUCUGUGACUUAAUUGAUAAAGUAUGGCAUAUUGUCAAGAUUUUCUUCUUAGAUUAUAUUAAUAACUAUAAAACAUGAGAGAAAUAUAUUCAUUUAAUGUUUAUACUUCAACAGAAUGAAUGUCACAUGAGCACUUGUAUUCAUAAUGGACUGUCAUUUUGGGGAAAAAAAAGAUAAUACUUAAGAGUAUUCUUGUUAUGGCAGUUUCACAAAGUGCCACUUUUUGUAUUCACUUAUAGUGAAGAUUGUGUUUUACACGAAGAUUCUUCUGAAGAUGGACGAAACACGUUUGUAUUGGUUCUAUUGCACCCUAAUGUAGAGUUGUCUACAGUAAAAGUAGAGGAUUGAUUCCUGAACUCUGUUUAUUCACAUUGUUUACAAGGAAUUCUGUUUGUGUCUGUGCAAUUCUAUAUGAAAAAGCCAUGAACAAAUCUUUAUUUUCUUCUAUCAAAAAUGAUAUAAGUAUAUGUCUAG